AUGGCUUCAUCCUUCCGAGGGUCUCCGUCGCUAUGUGGUUCAUUGUUCAAUGCAGCAGCACCGCGUUACGUCUGCCGCAGUUGUCGGAAAAGUCUCCUGAUACCUCAAGCGCGACAGAUGCGAGAAGCCUCAACACUGCUGUCGUCGAGUCAGAGAUUUCGAGGCACUCAAAAAACUUCAGAGGCCCAAACACCCCCGCGAGCAUUCUACGCCUCUAAAACCCCCCUUGACUACAUCAGCCCCAAGACUGAGCAACUCAAACAAGCCCAUCUCGAGGAAGAAAAUGGGGAUGAGGGAUGGUUAGAUCUUGAACCCUACCAAGAGGCAACAACCUGGGUAGGCCUAGAAAGUGUUGGUCAGGAGGGCCGAUUCGACCAGCCCCCGCAACCCGAAGAUGAAUUUGAGCCCUUUAUCACACCCUCUUCCACAGAGAAGAUCGACCGUGAUUACUUUUUGGUUUACCUUCACAAUGCAAUUAUGGAUGUUCUGGUAUACAAGACAUUGGGACAGAGCUUGACCGAUUUGUAUACGGAAGGACGCCACCCCCAUGGCAGAAGAGCGGCAACCUCAAUUGGACUUGCAGUUUCCCAGUGCGGCGCAAUUACCGGUCUACAGGGAGAUGUAAACACACUGCAAGCAGCUCUAAGCGACAGCACAAGAAGAGCAAGCAUGUCAGCAGUCGAGAUGGCAGAGCUUCUAUCCACUCUGAAAUUCAAUUUCUCAGAUCCAAUCACAUUCGAGAUACUCAAGUAUUUCUCAUUUAUCUCCGGCCAUCGUGUGCCAGAUCCGGUUCUUAGCAACGUCUGGAACAACGACAAACCACUCUCUGUCUUUAUUGACCUCUUGACCCGACACUACGUGCAGACGAAGCCCAAGACCGUUGUCUCGACCCUGAAAGCGCGACAGGAAAAGGCUCUGCGCAUGGCUGCGGAGCCCAUCGACUCAGUCAGUUUGGACCGUACAACACAAGCAAAGUCGAGAAGGAAACCCCAACCCUUGGGACCCAAUGUCAUGGUGUUGCCCCGACGGGAGACACCCGUAGACAAGGAGAAGGAAGUGGGUCGAUGGAAGCUCAUUGAGAAAGAGUUGAUCGAGAGAGGAUUACCGGUGCUCGGCAAAUAUGCUCAACAGUCUACGGAAGAUGCAUUGUCACCUACGGAGAGGUACUAA